AUGGCCUCACUAGGCUUGAGAAGAGCUUCUACCUCUUCCAGGCUCGUCAAACGGGCUCUCAGCACUACCCCCCGUUCCGCCAAUCUUUCACAAGAGCAGCAAAAACCGCCCGUCAGAAUCAACGACCUGCUUGCAACCAUCUCUGCCGAGUCAAAGUCUAGAAAUGCUCGUCUGGAUAAAGCAGGAAAAAUAGCCUAUGAUCAUGGAGAGGGUCAGAGCAUGGAACGGCGUUCGUACUUUGCGAGCGAUGUUGACGCCGAGCCGGGGCUUGACUGGGGAUCAGUAGGGAUAGCAGAAGAGAUCCCGGGAUUGAAUGUUGGAAGGGUUGUUGAAUGUCGGAGAUCGGGCCAAGUCUCUAUCGGUCUCAUCCUCGCUGCAAUCCUGGUUAUGGACAAACCUCGACUCUUGCUCCUACGAUCCACUGGCGAAGUCUGGCCGAUCUCAUCAAACGACGUUCAAUUUGUCAUGCCUUCUUCGUUGGUGCCCAGGUCUCUUGCGGAAGAAUGUUGGUCUCCAGAACAGCUUCAAUCUUGGAGCGACUCAUCGGAAGCCACCGUUGGCCUCCCGAGUGCUGCCGCCGCUCCGCCGCCAGAGAUGAUGGAGGCUAGACGAAAAGUUUCUUUGUUGCUUCGGAGAGUGCAGAGAGAGACGGAAAAGAUGUGUCAGAAGCUUCGCGGUGGUGUCUUCAAACAAGGAAGAGUCGGUGGCGCUGAGGCCGCUUAUGAAAAGUGGGCCUCAGAGGAGGCCGAGGAAAGAAAGUGUAUCACUGCUGUCGAAGCGGCCGAGUACAUUCUCAAUCCUCAAGCCGGCGGGACAACCGGCACUCCGACUACAGAGGUCAAGCCCAAUACCCUUCCAGCCUAUGCUGCCCACGUCCUCCUCAUGAGUAGGCCAGACAUGUUCAUCUCCGAUCAGUCUGAUAUGUGGGCCACUGGGACCUAUGUUGUGCGCUCUAAACCGGAACAAGCGAGGAUAGCGCAACUACAGGAAUGGGUGCAAAUAGCACAGAAGCCUGGGGCUGAUGGUGUCGAGUCCCCUGUACGGACGUUCGUGGAGAAGGCCAAAAUCGUCCUCGACCUGGCUCGACAGACUCGAGAAGAAACCACGGGCCAGCACUUCAAACCUCUUCAGCACAACCUUCCUGAAUGGUCAAAGACUGAUCUCGACAUCAUCUCUUGUCUUCUCGCAUAUGUUGCCGAGACUCGUUCCACUCAGUUGACACCAUUCCUUUCCCUAUCUCUUGCCAUCACACGACUUAUCCUCUCUGAUCCUCAAAUCGAUCGUGGGACAGUCACUGUGAUGUUGCAAGAACUUGGCACGAUCCUUCCUUGGGAUAGUCUGGAGACUGCGAGAAUAGUGGAAGCGGACAGGAACGCCAUGACUACCACCUCUGUAGCUGGACAUGUCCGAGGAGAUGAUGAGCUCCUCAGGGGCAACGAACUGGACGAACUCAGAGAAGACUUUAGCCAUCACAAGGUGUUUGUCAUCGAUGACGCUACUGCACUGGAGCUGGACGACGGUAUUGCUGUCGAAAAGAUUGCGGGAUCUGAUGAUGUCUGGGUCCACGUCCAUAUCGCCGACCCUACGCGAUACAUCCCUCCGGGCCACGAGCUCGCCAGACAAGCUUCCGUCCGGGGAUCAUCACUUUACAUGGCUGAAGGGAGCAUGCCCCUUUUCCCUACGGAUCUCAUCAUGAAAGAAGUAUCGCUGGGUGCCAAUGUUGAAAGGGAUGACGGGCGACAAGGGUCAAUGGUGUUUUCUGCACGAGUCAGCAAAGCUGGUAAUGUGGAGGACAGCAAGGUCAGGAUGGGUUGGGUGAAGAAACCUCGAGUGAUCACCUACGCAUCAGUGAACAAAGCUCUAGGCCUGCCAACGUCCUCGUAUUCCAGACCUUUCGGUGGCCCAUCUACUUCGACUGAGCCUCCAAUGCCCGAAAUCACUGCUGAAGAUGCAGCCGAACUUCGUCUCUUGUAUGACACUGCGCGUAAUUUGCGUGCUAGGCGUUUCGCUACCGCGGGCUACGAAUGGUCCAAACCCUCUGCUUCCAUCUCCCUCCCACACCUUCCAGUCGGGCCCAAUCCUCAUCUCUUUUCGCGCCACCACCUCCUCUCUACCCCACAGCUCUUCUCCGGCUCCCUUCCAAUCGAAUACCGCGUCAAGACUCCCGUGGAAGGCAUCGAUGCUGGCUCCCUUGUAGCAGAGUACAUGGUUCUCGGUGGGCGCGUCGCAGCUUGGUUCUGCUCCGAGCGAAAUCUGCCCAUGGUGUACCGCGCGAGCGCGGCACCUAGCCCUGUCGCCACAUCCCAGACCUUGGAAGACUUGCUUGCCAAACGGGACCCAGAAACAGGCAUAAUCGACGCUUUCGCAACGCUCGGAAAAGGAUGGUACCGCCCCGCGGGCUACAUCUCGUUGCAACCCGAAGAGCACUGGAUCAUGGGUAUCGUGGGCGAAAGCAAGGGCUACGUCCGCGCAACUUCACCUUUGAGAAGGUUUGACGAUAUGCUGGUGCACUGGCAAAUCAAAGCAGCUCUCGCCCGGCAGGUCGGUCUUUCGCGGGAACAUGUGCGAGGCUUUGAGAAGGAGGAUAUUGUCAGGCUGGCACAGAAGAGCGAUGAAGGUGUCAAGAGGGCAAAGAGGGCUGGAAUGGUGUCAGAUAUGUUUUGGCAGACAAAGGUCAUUGGAAGGAAUCUGAGGUCUGGAACGUGGCCUUUGCCCGAAGGCUGGGGCAAGGAUGAGACUGCGGUAGAUGUCAGGGAUGUUCUGAUUGGCAAAGUCACUUCGGCGCCGGAGAAUGCGGCGUCAUUGAAGGGCGAGUUGACGACAGUCAGGCUGGACCAGUUGGGCGUAUCGGCGAAGGUGCUCCACCCGGCAGGGUUGACGUGGGAUGUGGGAGAGGAGAUGAAGGUGAAAUUGGACUUGGCGGAGGAAUGGCCGAACCCUCGUAUCCAGGGUGUGCGACUUGUAUAG